AUGGAUAGUAAUCAAAAGUCUGACAAGAAUUAGAAGCCUCCCGUCAACGAUCACGAUGAUGACGACUUCGACAGUCUUCUCUAAGAUGCUGCUAAGAAAUUAGAUUAGAAAGUGCAGCCUAAAGCAGAUGCAAACGCUCAAAAAUAAUCAGCAGGGACUUAAUAAAGAAGUGUUCAGGAUGACUUGGGGUUAGCUGGUGACAUUGAUUUCAGUAAGUUGAACUUAGGAGAAGGUGAUAUGGCUGAAGCAUAAAAGCUAUUAGAGGAGUGUAUGAAAUCAAUGGGAAAUGUAUAAGAUGAGAACCCAAACAUGGAAAAUCCUUUCUUGCUUGCAUGUAAUCAAAUGUUCAAGGACUUUGAAAACAUAUAAAAAGAAGAUAAGCAAUCAAACCCAACAAGCUAAGGCAAUGCAACAGGAGGGGGUCAAUCGAUUCCAGGAAUGGAAGGAUUAGGUGCAGAUGACCCAAUGUUUAUGAACUUGCUAAAUAAUUUGGCAAAGGACUUGCUAAAUGGAGACCCAGCUGCUUAAGAAGGCGCUCUGGACAACUUGAUGAAUCAAUUCUAGGAUUUCAUGAAGGACUCAGACUAGAAUGAGGAAAUGAAAUCAGCCCUAGAGUCUGUAGUAUAAGAGAUUAUCAAGAAAGAUACAUUAUAUGAUCCAAUGAAGACACUUAGAGAUGAAUUCCCCAAAUGGCUUGAAGAAAAUUGGCAAUCAAUAUCAGAUGAAGAUCUAGAGAGGUAUAAUAAAUAGCACGAUAAGAUUCAAGAGAUUUGCAAAGUAUACGAGGAUAACAAAAGCGAAGAUAGCAAUCUUGUAUUCGAACUUCUCUCUUAAUUACAAGAGUUAGGAUCGCCUCCUUAGGAUUUGAUGAAAAAGGUAGCGGAUACAUCCUUCGGGCAAAGUAACCCUUUUAAUAAAAUGUGA